GCUGGUAGUAAUCAUUAUUAAAUCUAAAAUAAUUUUGUUCCAUACAUAUAUGUGUUAACUCAAUCAACUCUGCCAUUUCAGAAGGAUGCGUUUUAUUUAUUUCUAACAAUUUAUUUAAAAUGUCCAGUGUUUCGUUUACAGUAAACGAAACACUGGACAUUUUAAAUAAAUUGUUAGAAAUAAAUAAAACGCAUCCUUCUGAAAUGGCAGAGUUGAUUGAGUUAACACAUAUAUGUAUGGAACAAAAUUAUUUUAGAUUUAAUAAUGAUUACUACCAGCAAAAUGAAGGGCUAGCUAUGGGAUCACCUUUGAGUCCCUUAAUGGCUGACAUAUUUAUGGAUGACUUUGAAAAUAAAAAUAUUGUUAAAAAUAAUCACAUUUUAUAUUACUAUCGAUAUGUAGACGAUAUAAUUAUAUGCUGGACUGGAACGGACAAACAAUUGGAUGUCUUUGUAGAUAAAUUAAACAAUUUGCACCCAAAAAUUAAAUUUAAAUUAGAAAUAGAACAGAAUAAUUCUUUAAAUUUCCUUGAUGUAACAAUCACUAGAGUUAAUAAUAGACAUCACUUUGGGAUUUAUCGUAAGCCAACUUAUACAGAUAUAACCAUACCAGCUUCAUCUUGUCAUCCAUGGCAACAUAAAUUAGCAGCUUUCCAUAGUUAUGUUCAUAGACUGAUGUCCAUUCCUCUAACUAGGGAUCAGUAUAACAAGGAAUUAAAUAUAAUAUAUCGCAUGGCCAUUUCGAAUGGAUACAACCCGAAUAUUGUGAAUAGAAUAAUCAAUAAGAAACAAUUGGUGUUGAUUAGAAAAGAACUUUAUGGAAUUCCAUUAGAAAAACCUAAAAAAUUUAAAGCUAGUCUAACAUACUUUGGUCCAGUGUCGGAACGUAUUGCAAAAACACUUAGAAAGCAUGAUAUAAAUGUGGCUUUCAGAACAAAUAACUCUCUUAAAAAUAUUUGCAAUGGUAAAGAUAAACUAGAAAAGCAACAUAAAUCGGGAGUAUAUAAAUUGCAAUGUUCUGAAUGUAAUGCAACAUAUAUUGGUCAAACCGGUCGGAAUUUUGAUACACGUUACAAGGAACACAUAUCCGCUGUUCGAAAUGACCGUCCACAAAGGUCGCACUUUGCAAAGCAUCUCCUAGAUACUGGCCAUAAGCUGGCAGAUAAUCAUAUGUAUGACAUUUUACACACUUGCAAUAAAGGCCUACGACUAUGCGUUUUGGAACAAUUAGAAAUAAUAAAACAUAAUAAGUCAGGAAUUACCUUAUUAAAUGAACAAAUAGAGUUAUCGAAGUCACCACUAAUAAAAAUGUUUGAAUGCGAUGCGAGAUAA